AUGAUGGGUGGCUGUCAGUUGAAGGUUCUUUGUGAGGGGAAUGAAUCCUCCGCUGAAGAUCGGAGCAGGUUUGAAUCCGCUCUAUCCAAGCCUGAAUCUGCUCCUGUGCAGUUUCCGGACUCCAGCAAGUCCAAUCUUGAUGAUUUAAACACCACUGAAGUCGUUCAUGUUUCAUUUUAUUGGUCAAGCCAGGUUUUCGAGUCUGCCACUGCGGGGGGCAUCUUGAAGGAAUUCAUCACGGAUAGUAAGAUAGAGGAGAUCAGGGUUGAAGCCACGUUCAAGAGCUUUGGCAUAUAUAUGGUUGAUUUGGCGAGCAGAGAGAUUUGUAAUAUUCAUGAUCUCAGUGGUAGUUUUUGCAAUAUAAGGUGA